UCACACCCCAAACCAAGAACCAAAACCAGUUCAAACAUUUAAGCCAAGAAACACAGCAAGGAAAUCAAAAUGCCAUUCAAGAUCCUCCUCAAGGCCACUCGCCUCCCAGAAACCUCCCCCUCAACAUUCAAAUCCCGUCUAGAAGCGCACAUCGAGCUAGUCAAGCGUCUUACGGGUCCUGAUUUUCCCCUCUCCCAUCGACGAAGCUAUAUUGAUCGUCCUACUACUCCAUCUUCAGAGGGGACAUAUCCUACCACCGUGCUACUCGGACAGCAGAGUGAUUUCUCAUUCGACUCGAUAGCGGAAUUGACUUUCGAUGACGAGGCUGCGUUCGAGCGGUUUCAGGCGAAAGUGCGCGAGCCGGAGAUUGCAAGAGCAAUUCAGGAGGAUGAGCAUGGAUGGUCGGAUCGGGGGAAGCUGGGGAUUGUGGUGUUGGGAGAGGUGAGGGAGACGAAGAGGUGAUUUCAGUGGUUGAUGUUGAUGAUGAUCUACCCUACAGAGGGGGGGAUGAUGUGGGGUUAGUUUUGCGCUUUGAAGAAUCGAGGCAGAUCAAUUGGAUGUUAUAAGAGUAUAUGUGAGACUUGCAUAUCCUAGUAGAAGAUUUAUCGCCUAUCA